AUGUCCACAAUAUCUUUCUUAUUUCCAAACAUGAACCUCAUGGCUCUCGAACCAUCAAUGUUUGCACACAGCCCAGACGUUGCGGCUGAUCACAUGUACUCAUCACUCCUGAACAUGGCAUGUGCUCCGCAAUCGCCCGCUAUUCCUGCUGGUGUCUCCAACAAAGGCUAUCAGUGCACAGAUGAACUCCUUCUUCCGGAAGACUUUCAGCCUUGUGCAUACUCUGUGAUCUGUGGCAGAGGUCGAAAGUCAACAGAUGCUGUUGGCAACCGACGUUUAGCUGUAAUUGCAUCUCUCUUUGCACAGCGGUACUCGGAAGCAACCAAGAAGGAUGAGAAGACACACAUUGUGUCGGAGAUUCUUGAAAUCAUGCGCUCUGCUAGCCCCAACCCACAACACGCGUUCGUGAGGCACUCCAAGGGAAGUUGGUUCCGAGUGGAGAACCUUCACGCUCGCGAAAAGAUUGGAACCGUCCUUCGAGACACUCUACAUUCCCAAUACAGGUCCAGUACCAAGUCCAAGCUGGCGAAACGAAAGCAAAGGAAGGACCGCACCAAGAAGCAAACGAAGAAGAAAGAAGAGGUCCUACCAGAGCCUUCCCUGAGCUUAUUCUCAUUGGACAACGAAGUCCAUGGAGAUCUAGACGAUAUUUUCGCAUAA